AUGAGGUAUGCACUGCUGCUCGUUGUCAUUGCACUAGCGUUGUGUGUUGAAGGAAGAAGAAGAAGAAGGAAGCAUGUUCCUGGUUCACUCAUCGGCAAGUCUUAUGACAAGCCCCUAAUCAAAAAUCCAUGUAUGUCGCUAAAGAAUGAGAUGCUAAACAGGCAGCUUCGCAAGUAUAUUCAAGUUUACGCGAGAGACUUGAACAUGUCCAAUCACGUACAAGGAUCACAGCGAAUCGAAGUGAUUCAUGUUUGCGCUCUCUCAGAAGCAGCAAACUUAGCGUCCAAGUACCAGAGUUUUUUGCCUGGAUUGGAUGUCAUCGAAGAUCAUUACCAGAGUACGGAGUCGGCAGUUCGCCUCUUCUAUAGGCAUAAUGAGGAAACUCUUAAUAAGCUCCAACCGGUGACAUUUCAAGAGCUAGCGGUGCUACCAUUUGGCUGCAAUUGGGAGAGAAGAAGUAGAAGGGUUACAUGUGUCUUUUUAACUCAACAGUUUCUCAAUCAUAUCUUUAACUUUGUGCUGUUCGGAAGUGACCAACCUAAAAUUGAUCCUUAUAUGUUGAAACCUUUUUUGAAACUUAUGGGCUACACGGAAUCCAAAGCUGAAUAA